AACUUUUCUUACAAAUAGGACCUUUAAUUUCAGCUGCUUGACAUUCUUGCUCUUGGUUGCUAGAUCACAAAUACAAUUAAAUACAUGUUUAUUACAAUUCUGCAUUUAAGUUCAAUAAAGAUGUUGCUAUGUUUUAUCUCCACAGGAUCUCGGAAGCAGAAGACGAGCGAUGAAAUCCGAAUUAUUUUGCUGGGGAAAACAGGAGCGGGGAAGAGCGCUGCAGGAAACACCAUCUUGGGGAGAGAGGCGUUUCAGUCUGAGCUGUCUUCUUCUUCCUGGACUUUUCAAUGCAAGAGAGCCGAGGGAGAAGUCAGAGGUCGAAAGGUCGUCGUCAUUGACACUCCAGGGCUGUUCGACACAAAUUUCUCCCAAGAGGAAGUGGUGAAGAAGAUCAAAACGUGUAUUUCUCUGUCUGCUCCUGGUCCGCAUGCCUUCCUGGUGGUUCUGAAGCUGGGCAGGUUCACCAAGGAGGAGAAAGACACGGUGAGGAUUAUUCAGAGUACUUUUGGUGAAGAGGCAGCUAGAUACUCACUGGUGUUGUUCACACAUGGAGACAUGCUCAAGAAACAAACCAUCGAAAGCUUUAUUUCAAAGAGCGAAGAGCUUGAGGAGUUCAUUCAGGUGUUCUACGGGAGAUAUCACGUCUUCAACAACCGCGCGAAGGACCGGGAGCAGAUCGAUCAGCUGCUGGAGAAGAUUGACAGAAUGACUGUGGAGAAUGUGGGAGGGUUCUACACCGCACAUAUGUUCAGGAGCGCAAAGAAGGCCUCAAAGAAAGAGAAACAGAGGCUUUCAAAGGAGCUGAAGGCCGUCGAGAAGCAGCGGAGGAGCGACCUGAAGGCUGAGGUCGAGAGAGAAAUGAACUUAACAGGAGGGCCAGUUAAACAGGACAAAUGUCUUCUGCAGUAGAGGAUGGAGGUAGUGUUACAGAAGCUGCAUGUUGUUGAGGAUCAUCACAGUCAAUAUAUGAUAAAUAUAAAAAGUUUUGUUUUUGGCAGACACAUUAGUUUUGUGAUCAAAUAGUUGAUUAUGUGCUGUGUAUAAAGUGCGUGGUUGCAUAAAUCCAUUUUGGAUCAAGAUAUGUCAAGUCAGUCAAAGCUCUAAGUGGGCUGGUACCCUCUCUGCUCCCUCCAUGUCAGGUUGUGUGGGAGAUUCAUAAUGUCCCUAAACAAACUGCUUUUCCACAGUUCUCUUCACCUGCUAGCUUUUCUCUAUCCGUGCUUCUUUUGUGUGACACACUUUAGUAGUUGGCCUCUCAGCUCUGUAGGCCUGUAUGAGCCCGUUCUUUGAUGGAAGACUUAACAGUCAAUGUUAAUGCUGAUGUUCAGGAUUGUGUCUCGAGCUCAUCUAUGUUAGUGUCGCAUUACAGCAGUCGUGUUGACUGGAUGUUGAUGCAUUGUGUAUGUAAGUGUUUGUGUGUUGGCUCAUUUGGAUAAAGAUUGUCUUUGUGUUUUCAUUAAAUGUAUUUUGAUGUGUUGAGCAGUUUGUUUAUUCUCUGAUAUGUCUUAUGAACUGGCUCAUUAUAUAUUGAUUAUCAUAUCACAAUGGUACAUACUAGAUCUGGGUUUGAGUCCCUGUGAAGACAAAAGUCACUGUUGAGUGUUUCAAGGA